AUGGUAGGCGCCUCACGACUGUCGAUCCGCGAUGAUGAACACUCCCCCAGCAGCGGCGACCACGACGACCACGAGAUGCAGCAAAAAAAGCGCACGAGAACGACGACAAUACGAACAAGCACAACCCCAGCAGCCAGCACGAGUCUUCCGAACCUCGUAGUGCGCGCGAAAAACCCUGCAUCAACAUCCACAUCAACAUCCGCAACAAAAAAGAGACCCCGAUUGUCGGCGUCGUCCUCCUCGCCGCCUGCUUCUCCUCAUCCUCGGCACCAGCAUACCCCCCGACGCCCGCCGAAACGCGCGCCGUUGACGACAUCGCAGCAGCAAACGACGCUGGACAAAUUCUUCGGCGCCGGCUCUCAUAACGGCGUCGGUGCGAGGAAGGACAAUACGAUUCACAGUAUUCGCCAUAUCGGAUCACAGGCGGACGAGGCGCGUCCCGCCAAAAAGGCACGUCUGGAUACUAUCGACGCUGAUACUCACUCUAUCGGCGCGCGAGAAGAGUCGCCCGAUCCAUUGAAUGCCAUUUCGCCUAUGCCGAAUACUGCGAGUGUGCGCAAGCAUACGCGACAGCCCAGGGCAGGCAAGACGGUUAUUAUCGCCGACGAUAAAGCAACCACGCAGACAAUUGCUGCAAGACAGCCUGCUGCAGCCGAAAAACGGUCGCUGCGAUCUCACAACGGCGGAUCGCGCUCAAAGAGUGAAUUGGCUCUCUAUUUCCCGAAUUAUGAGCAGAUCAUCAGCCUGGAGCCGGUCAAGUCGGAUGAAUUCCUGCUGCCGGGCACGGUGGUGACGCUGCUGGAUGAUUUGGUUGCAUCUCCUCCUACAGCUUCUCCCUCCUCGAGGACACGGAAGACGCAGCCCAAGAAGGAUAGUAGUGAUCAGGUAUCGCCGUUUGGCAAUCCGCUACUUGACCUACGCAAUGUUGAAAAGGUUGAUAUUCCAAGUCUUGCUGGCGGCGAUGAUAGGAAUGCUGCUGCUGCUGCUCUGAUAGACCCCCUCGGUGACGACGUAUACUUCAAAGCUCACCGGCGCCAUGAACGGCAAGAAAAGCAACUCCGCAAUAUUGAGCGCGAGCGCGCCCAGCACGAGAAAAUACAGCUAGACCGACUGCUGGACGAGCUCCAGGGCCAUGACUGGCUGCGCGUCAUGGGCAUUAGCGGUAUUACAGAUACGGAGAAGAAGCUGUACGAGCCCAAGCGCGAUUACUUUGUGAAGGAGGUUUGUGCGCUGAUUGAUAAGUUUCGCGUCUGGAAGGAGGAGGAGAAGAGACGCAAGCUGCAGAGGGAGAGGAUGUUACUUGAGGCUGCUACUGCUGCAGUUGACGAGGAAGAGGAAGAGGUAGACGACGGCGACGACGAAGAAGAAGAAGAAGAAGAAGAAGAUAUCAAGCCCCCGUCUUCAGAUAUCCAAAGCUUCGAUUCCAACGAAGUCGACGCCGCAGCUGCGCGUCAACUCAUACUCGAAGCUCGAUCGGCAAAUACAAACAAUAGCGAAAUAGCAUCCACGCCACCAAAAGCACACUCACAACCACGCCGCAGACUCGUCGACGCUCUCACAGCCACGCCACCAAAGGCUCAACCUCAGCAAACUCCAGAAAUAUUGUUAGAAGAAGAAGAAGACGACAACAAGCCAUUCGUAUCCUUCUACCCUAAACGCCACCUCCGCGACGCAGCAUUCUCAAGCAGUCGCCGCGGCGGCCGGAACAGAUCGGCCUUUGGCCAGCCGCUGCCGGACAUAGUCGAGGAGCGAGAAUUUGAGCUUCCGCGCGACAUUUUGACGCCGGAGUUGGUGCAUGCGAUGGAGCGGAAGAGGAGGCGCUUGAAGAGGGAGAGUCGGAGUGGGUGA